GUCGUCUCCCGGCAUUUCGCUCGCCCCGGAGGAACGCCAUUGUGAGCCAUAACGACUGUGCGCCACGGUAAAUUUUAUCGUCCACUUUCACGUCCUGUGUUAUUAUUCGUACUACCCGGGAAAUUUCCUUCUCGCCUCAAACAAACAUCUUUCGAAAAAUUUCCUGCCAGCCAUAGUCCAAUAUAAUCAUCAAAAAUGGCACAAGAGGCGGAUAUGCCGACGUUUAAGUGCGUCCUAGUCGGGGAUGGUGGUACUGGAAAAACUACCUUCGUUAAACGCCAUUUGACGGGUGAAUUCGAGAAGAAAUAUGUGGCAACUCUCGGUGUGGAAGUCCACCCUCUGAUUUUCCAUACCAAUCGUGGCCCCAUUCGGUUCAACGUUUGGGAUACCGCUGGUCAAGAAAAAUUUGGAGGUCUUCGCGACGGUUACUACAUUCAGGGACAGUGUGCCGUCAUCAUGUUUGACGUUACGUCACGUGUGACGUACAAAAAUGUACCAAAUUGGCAUCGUGAUCUUGUCAGAGUGUGCGAAAACAUACCCAUUGUACUGUGUGGCAACAAGGUCGACAUCAAGGACAGAAAAGUCAAAGCCAAGAGCAUCGUCUUUCAUCGGAAGAAGAAUCUCCAGUACUACGACAUCAGUGCCAAAAGUAAUUACAACUUUGAAAAACCGUUCCUCUGGCUAGCGAGAAAAUUAAUCGGCGAUCCGAAUCUUGAAUUUGUCGCGAUGCCAGCGCUUUUGCCACCAGAAGUUACCAUGGAUCCUCAGUGGCAACAACAAAUCGAGAAGGACCUCAAGGAGGCACAAGAAACGGCAUUGCCCGAGGACGACGAGGACCUCUAGUUGUAUUAAAUUAUAAGGAAAACCAAGCACACAAACACACUCACACACACACAAUCUACAUCUCUGAUUUUUUUUUAAUACACUACCGCGAGGCAGGGCCUAAACAAGAUUUUUUUCGCGGACUUCGAAACAUUUUGUGCUUCAAAAAAUUCCCGUGGAAAAAUGUUUUUUUUUCCGACGAGAGUAAGAAAUGUUUGUGUUAUCUCAAGAUCGAAACUUUUUAAUUGCCCUAAAUCGAAGAAUAAAAGAUGAGAAAAAUUCCAAAUUUUGGACCAAACCGAAUAAAGGAUUUGUAAUGACCGGAAACUGAAAUGAUUGCAACUAAUAAUGCCCCGCGCAUGCAAAGAGAGAGGGAGAAUCAGCAAAAUGGAACGUUUUUCUAGUUGUUCCUGUGUUGAGUGUAAUAGAACGAAUGGUUUCAUUUCCGAAAUGGAAGUGAAGGAAGAAAAAAAUAAAUGCAGUUUGUAGUCCAUUUGAAUCUAUCCACGAAACUAUUCACUUCGCGGGCUGUUUACUAUUUUUAUAAGCGAAAAAAGGAAGUAAAAAAAAAAUGAAUGUAUGAUUUUUUGAGACCUUAAAUUAUGAGAUAAUGGAUUUCUCCCUUCCCGUUACUGCCCCUAGGAGUACAGAAAUAAACAUUUACGUAAGAAUGCUGUUUAAAAAAUCUAAAUCAAAUGUUGGUAAUUUGGCAUUGGUCAUCUGGAAUCGACUAGUUCCGAAGACCGGCCAGAAACAGCCCAAGUUGUUGAAUAAAUUCGAAUUUUCCCGCUACAGAAAAAUGGAAUGAUUAAUAAAUAAAUGAAAAAAAUCCUUUCUGCAGCAUAUUAUGUAACUCGUGGCUUUGUCUAAAAAUAAAACAUCAAACAUCUACGUUGCUCCAUGAUAA